AUGUGCCGGUUUCUCGUAUACAAAAGCAGAAGCGAUAUCCUUCUAAGCAAGCUGGUCACAGAGCCAAGUCAUUCCAUCCUAACACAAUCCUAUGACUCACGACUGAGAUUGGAUACCCGCCGCCCUGUCAACGGCGAUGGCUUCGGUGUAGGCUUCUACCCGGACCCCAAGAUUAGCCCAGAACCCUGCAUCUUCACCUCCACCUUGCCAGCAUGGAACUGCGAAAACCUAGAACGCCUAGCAAGCAAGACAAGCUCAAAUCUGGUCUUUGCUCAUGUCCGAGCAUCAACCGAAGGAGCAUUGGCAGAUAACAAUUGCCACCCUUUUCAACAUAAUUGUCUCAUGUGGAUGCACAACGGCAACCUCGGAGGCUGGAACUACAUCAAACGCCCACUUGGCGAGUCCCUGAACGAUAAAUGGUAUCUCGGCGUCAAGGGUGGUACCGACAGCGAAUGGGCAUUUGCCCUGUUUCUAGAUCUGAUGGAGAAAGAAGGCGCAGAUCCAAGCUCUGAUCCCGGCCCCGACGGAUUCGGGCAAGCGUUUUUGCGGCAGGUCAUGUUCAAGACCAUUGCCAAAAUCAAUGAAUUUAUUCGACAGAUCCCCGAGAAACACAAAGUGACUGAUCUUGAGACAAGGAGUUUGCUCAAUUUCGCGGUUACGGAUGGACAUACAGUGGUUUGCACGCGGUAUGUCAGCAGCAAAACGGAUGAACCAGCAAGUCUAUAUUUCUCGUCUGGCACGAAGUGGAAAGAAGGAAAAAAGGAAGGGCAUUUUAAGAUGGAGCGUCAUGAUAAGGGGGCUGAUAUUGUGCUGGUGGCCAGUGAGCCUCUCACUUUUGAAAGACAUACCUGGGUGACGGUCCCCACAAACUCAGUCUUGACGAUACACAAACAGACCGUGUUACUGCAUCCGAUAGUAGACGAGUUCUACAACGAUGACCCGAACUACGACCGCUCAUCGGUGUACGCUCUGUCCAAGGGGUUUGCGCCCCCAGCAGUUGUCACUCCGAAGAAGAGCACAGCAGCUGCAAAAGCGAGUUUGGCACAGGAUAAUGGGCCCAAGAAACUCGAUUCAUUGGCACAGAAAGUGAUGCAGUUGGAGCUUGCAUCUGGAUAG